AUGGAAAAGCAGAUGAAAGGUCCUUCAGGGCCGCUCGUCCAUGAUGCACCAACCAGCAACGGGGUCGACGAUGCUCCUGCGCCCAGUGUCACUGGUGACAGCAAUUCGGAGACCAGCGGCAAGUCGCAUGAGUUCAACGAACAGACAAAUUAUGUGCCAAAAAGAACCAUCAUCACGAUCUUUCUCGCCUGCGCGAGCGUCGACCUGCUGGCGCUCAUGGACCAGACAACCCUCGCGGCCAGCUUGUACAUCAUUGGUAACGCACUGGGAUCCACGGAUCAGGUGUCGUGGAUUGCGAGCGGAUACUUCAUUACUUCCACCGUCGGCCAGCUCCUCUACGGACGAUUGUCGGACAUUUGGUCUCGAAAAGUCGUCCUCUUGACCGGUCUGGCCAUUUUCUUCUUCGGCUCUCUGGCCUCGUCCCUCUCGAAGUCCGUCCUCCAGUUAACGAUAUUUCGUGCCUUUACUGGUAUCGGCGGCGGUGGCUUGAUGACGGUUGCCCAGCUGAUCGUCAGUGAUGUCGUUCCCCUGCGUGAGCGCGGAAAGUACCAGGGCAUCCUUGGUGCAGUCGUAGCCAUUGCCAACGGCAUUGGGCCCGUCAUCGGCGGUGCCCUCUCGUCCAAGUCGACUGACUCGUGGCGCUGGAUCUUUCGUCUGAACCUGCCACUGACGUUUCUGACGACGUUCUGCGUCGUCUUCUUCAUGCCGCUCAAGAGGGUACAAGGAGACUGGAAGCUGAAGCUCAAGGCUGUGGACUUUCUCGGCAUCUUCCUCGCCCUGGCAGGCAUGACAGUAGUCAUCCUGGGCCUUACGUGGGGGGGGCGCGAGCACCCAUGGGACUCGGCCCAUGUCAUAGCCACCUUGGUAGUGGGCACCGUCGUGUCCAUCAGCUUCGUGCUAUGGCAGUGGAAAGGGCCUCGAUACCCGCUCGUGCCGCUCCACAUCUUCAAAUCCAAGAUAGUCAACGGCGCAUGCUUGACCAUGGCGAUCAACGGAUGGAAUUUUGUCAUGCAGGUCUAUUACGUACCGUCCUUCUACCAGCUGGUUUACGGCUACUCAGCUACGAAGUCAGGGGCAAUGCUUUUGCCCAUCACCAUUGUCCAGACGCUGAGUAGCACUUUGUCCGGGCUCGUCGUCCACUGGGUGGGCCGCUAUCGUGAGUGUAUCCUCUUUGGCUGGGUUUGCUGGGCUGUAGGCCUGGGGCUCAUGUCAACGCUUGACGAGACCACGGGGGUUGGAAAGCAGAUUGGCUACGCGCUGCUCAUCGGCGUCGGAGUUGGAAACACAUUGCAACCGGCUCUGAUCGCCACGCAGGCUGGAGUGGAGAGGCGCGACAUGGCAGUUGUCACAUCCUUCAGAAAUUUCGUGCGCAAUCUCGGGUCCACGCUCGGUCUGGCUGUCUCGGGGACAAUAUUAAACAACGUUCUAGCCAGCGAUCUCGGGUCGCUCGGCCUCGACAAGGCCACAUCCAAAACGCUCCUGAGCAAUCCGCAGACCUUCCUGGACACAGUCUCGGAGGCUGACGCUCAGCGCAUUCGAAGCAUUCUCAUUCCGGCGUAUAGGCAGGGAUUUCGUGUGAUUUUCAUUGUUGGCGCGUCUUUAGCGGCAUUCGCAUUUGUACUGGCGUUUGUUCUCAUGCCGCAGGUGGAGCUUUCACGGCCAGACGACGCAAAGUUGAAGGAAGAGGGUAAGAAGGCAGACGAAGAGAAGAGAAAGAAGAAAAGCCAGGCCUCAAGCGGAGAGCCCAGCGGAGCCUAA